AUGGCGCCAUCAUACACACUUGCAGGCCUCAGUCCACGUGAAGCAGUGGCAGAUGCUCUCCAGCGGUGCAUCCUUGGACUCGACAACAAUGACCGGGACCUGUUCGAGUCCGCAAUCGUCAAGGACGAAAGUUCGAGUUUUGUCAUCGGUCCGAACACCAUCCAAGGCUGGAACGCAAUGAGCGAGUCCCUCUCGAGAAUCCUUCGUCUGGUCACCACACAUUUCAUCACCAGUGUCCGCGUCGAUCUGAAAGAUGGCACGGACACGGCAUCCCUAAGCGCACACGCACAGGCAUAUCAUAUUCGGCCCGAUGAUGCGUUCAAGCAAGAAGAUACUUCAUACACUUCGGGAGGCUUGUACUUUAUCGAUCUUGUGAGGGAUGUUACCGACGGCUUAUGGAAGAUUAAGAAGUGGGAAGUUAAGCUCCUGUGGACGACUGGUGACAGAGAGGUUAUCAAUGUAUGA